AUGGCCCUAGAUGAAGCCCUUCAGGCGCCUCUCAGCUUUACAGGCCACCGACACCUCAUCUCACGCCUCAUCCUCGCAACUCUCACCGGUCGACCCGUGCGCAUAUCUCAAAUCCGCUCUUCGUCUACCAACCCUGGUCUAAACCGCCAUGAGACAAACUUCAUUCGGCUGCUGGACGCUGUAACAAAUGGCUCGCAGAUCCAAUUCAGCAUGACAGGUACCACACUGGUGUACCGUCCCGGCCUCAUCACAGGCAGCGCCGAGGGACUAGGAGCAAGCGGCGGCGUCAUCAGACACGAGAUACCACUCGAGUGCAGAAAAAAGGGCGUAAGCUGGUGGCUAAUCCCGCUCUGCAUCCUCGCCCCCUUCAGCAAAGGAAACAUGAACGUAAUCUUCCAGGGCGAAGGCUGCGUCACCUCGUCGACCAUCACAGGCGACGUCUCCGCCGACACCGUCCGCACCGCCAUACUCCCCUUGUACAAAAACUUCGCCAUAGAACGCAACAUUGAGCUGCGCAUCCUCAAGCGCUCUGCCGCGCCCUCGGGUGCAAAAGCCGCAGGCGGCGAAGUCCAACUCGUCUUCAACCACCAAGUCCGACUCCCCAAAACUCUGCACUUGCUCAACCCAGGUCGCGUCAAGAAGAUAAGAGGUGUUGCGUAUUGUGUCGAGGUCCCCAAGACAAACAACGAACGUAUGACCUUCACCGCAAGAGGUAUUCUAAAUAAGUUCGUGCCGGACACUUAUAUCUUCUCCGACGCUAGCGCCGCGCCUUGGAUACCGAACACGGCGCCCGGCCAGAAAGGCAGCAAGACAAAAGGCGCAGUGGGUUUCGGUAUUAGUCUCGUUGCGGAGAGUAGCACGGGUUGCAUAUACUCUGCAGACGUGUGCUCACCCCCCGACGGCGGCGUCCCUGCAGACGAAAUCGGUAAACAAUGCGCGUACCAGCUUCUAGAGAAGAUUGCGCAGGGAGGUUGUGUGGAGAAUGUGGCGGCGCCUACGGUGCUUAUGCUUAUGGCUAUGGGCAGUGAAGAUGUGGGUAGAGUGGCGUUGGGGAAGGAUGUCUUAGGUAGCGAGGAGAUUAUACAAUUGGCAAGGGAUGCAAAGGUUUUCGGGGGGAGUGGGUGGGGGUUCCGCGAGGCGGGGGGCGAGAAGGAGGAGAUUGUUGUUAGUGUUGUAGGUAGAGGGGUUGGUAACGUGGGAAGGAAGGUGGCGUAG